AUGGUGAUUAAGAUUAUAUCCUGUGAAGUGCGUUAGCUAGACACAGCAUACAUAGGUGGCUAAAUUUUUAAUUGCAAACUCUAGCAACUUAUAUCUGCAUACAUAUUAAUUAAAAGCAAGGGAUAAUGUGGUAGUUUUUUUUUAACACAGAGAAAAUCGAUCGGAGUAGAUACGAGUAAAAUAUUCAUAAAAUGUAUUAAUCUGAGUUUAUCUAUUCCAGCAAAUUGCUUCUACCUAUCCAGAUUGAUCAAAAGACAUUCUAAAACAUAAUAAAUUUUAGUUGUGUUGAACCUUUUGUCCAUAACACUCUCUUAUUACUUUACUCAUCAUUUUAGAAAUGGUAUAAAUAACCCUUCUAUUCAGAUAAUACAUAUGAUAAUCAAGUAUUCAAGCUCUGGAGCUAUAAUAAGCACAUUCUCUCCAAAGCUUUAUCAUAUACUGAAAAUACUAUUGAGCGUAUUUUAAUUAUCUUAUGUUGGGCAAAGCUUGCCGCAGAAGUACAUAUUUAACAAUUAAAAUGUAAUUGAUUAGUUAAUAGCCGGGACUUAAUUUGAAAACUACAAUAUUGCUAGAGGAAAACAAUUUACUGUUCGAUUUUAUCCUAAUUCAACCACUCAAAGUUAUCAAUACACACACUCUUUUUUCAAAUCAUAUGCCAGCUCUAUUAGCUACUAGUAUAAAUCACAAAAGCAUAAACGCUUUUUUUACAACGGCUAAUUGUUUCCAGAAAAUCUCAUUAAUACUCAGUCUGGCUUGUAUUAAUAAAUUCUAAAUGCAACUACUGAUACCUUUACUGACUGUUAUAUGUUUACCCAAUCAUAUGAGUAACAUUGUUAAGACAUUGCAAAAUAUGACUCAUACAAAGAUUGUUUUUGA